AUGUCUGCCUGCAUCACAGGCCGGUUUGAACGCGGAGCGGUGCGGGUGCAACUCUACAUUCUACAUUAUGCCGUCAUGUUCUACCUUUCGCCUGCCACGGGCCUGGAUCUUAAGUUCGCGCCCAUUGCACGCGCGGGAGCGCCGCAUAUUCCCGUCCUCGAGGCCUAUGCGUCCAACGACAUGGAGCGCCAUUUUCGAGAAGGAGAUGCCGCAUUCAUGCGUCUCAGCUGCAAACGGGUCGACGGAGCAUCCGACCAGCUCAGCAGCAAGUGCACCUUGGUCGCAGAGGUGUACGAGAAUUCAAACCUGGACGUCCGUUUCUUGAGUCCUUGGUCCAGGUUCUUCAACGACGAGAGUCUUCUGGCACAUAUGCAGAUGAAGCACGAGGUUUGCAAUCUUUGUGACUCCAUGGGUUGGAAGAACGAGUAUUACUUGAACCCCAAGUGCCUGUCGCGCCACUAUCAGGAAUGCCACUACGUGUGCGCUCACCCGGACUGCGCGACUGGCGGUUACAGACAGAUCGCUUUUGCAGAUGAGAAGGGCCUCGAGGAUCACUACGUCAGAGUCCAUAAACAGACCUUCGUGCAGGAAAAGGGCAAGAACAAGCUGGAGAUGAACUGGUUCGAGGAUGUAGCAGAGCAGAGCACAGCUGCGACGAUGCGCGACGGCAACUUCAAGCGCUACCCCCGACGUGACAUCAUUCCUCUUGCCAUCAAGGGCAGCGAAGCCGGAGGCUGGCGAGCGAAGGAUCCCGAAGGAGGCGGAGGUGUGGAACACGAUGGUACCGGCGAUCCCGACUCCGAGCAGGUGGAAGUGCCUGUGCAAGCAGGUACAGCCCGGCAUGUUUGCGCGUUCAUGGAGUCUUUCCCGAGAGACCUUUCGGUGACCUUCGAAGGCACUGCUCCAGAGGAGGCAUCCGCGAGAAGAGCCAAGAAGAAGGAGCCAGAAAAGGUUGAGCAGGCGCUACUUCCCGCUAUGGAAGCUCUGGGCAUCGAGUGUGCGGUUGCCAGCGAUGGACCGCGCAGCGGGGCUCCAAGCUGCCUCAGCGCCUUGUGGGGAGCUUUGUGCGCAAUUCUGGAGGAGGACGACCAAGAAGGCUGCCGGAUGCGGCCGAGAAGUCACCCCGGCUCCCCUGCCAUCUCAUACGCCGCUUUCGAAGAAAUGUUCCUCGGAACCCAAUUCGCCAACCUUGCAGACCGCGACACGGUCCUCUUACCAGUCGUGCAGAGGCUCAAUGCCGCAGAGGUGGAAAACCUGGAGAGCAUGCGCAUUCACCUGCAUGACUGCCCUGGCGAUCCCGGCGCAGAAGAGCACAGCAUCGACUGGGCUCCCCUGGAGCGGUUAUUGAGUUUGCGACCCCUGCUGUUCAGACUCCUGCGUGACAAGACCAACCAGACCAAGGAUCUCCUGGCACCAUGGCCUGCACGAAGCCGCUGGCGGCUAAGUGACGGAAGCCUUGGUCGCUUCUACGGAGACCAACUCUUCCUAGCAAUCCGUGCGGUCCAGGAGUCGGACAGCACUGUGCAAGUUGAGCUCCCCCUGUCCGCCUUCCUGGCUGAGCUUGGCAGAGACCCUCACACCUACAUCUCUGAGAUUCGCUUCCCAGAGCAGGGAGAUGACGAGGAGGGCCACGAUGCGAAGCAUUAUCAGCUUCUAGAUGAUGUCGGGCCGGCACUGCCGAUGCUGAAGCUGCCCCGCGAUGGAGGUGCCUACGCCUACAUCCGCGAGAGCCAAAAGAAUCGGGUCCAGGCCCCUGCUGAGGAGCACCAGAUCCAUGUCGAUCCUUCCUCCAAGCCGUGGAAUCCGUUGUUCCGAUGGUUUCUUUGUGGAAGUCCGGGUUCGGGGCUGGGCUGUCAUCAGGAUCCAAACUCGACGAUGUUUUGGAACGCUUGCAUAGUGGGGAAGAAGAGGUGGUGCAUUUUUCCUCCCUCGACGCCGGAGUCCGUGCUGGUCUCCAGGGAGGGACUGCCGUGCUGGCUACCGGGCUCGGGCACCACUGAGCACCCGGAGUACCAUCCCUCAGCUUCAGCGAAGGCAUGGUUCGAGCAGGAGUAUGAGCGAGUGCGAAGCCUGCAUUGCAAUGCACAGCGAUCGGGCGCAGCUGCAGGGAUUGGCAUGGUCGAGUUCAUCCAAUGCGAGGGGGAGGUCGUCGUAUGCCCUGCAGGCUGGUGGCACAUCGUCCUUGUUUUGGAGCCCUCGGUGACCUUCACGGAGAACUGGCUCGCGGAUCGGGACAUCGGUUCUGCCCUUGGGCUCUUGAAAGCGGCGCCGUGGCAGGCGAAGAUCCUCUGGCGGCUGCAAGGAAGAUCCAAGAACGAGGCUCCCGAAGGUGAUGCUUCCUGCCCCCGAGGAGAGCUGCGAUCCUCGCCACGAUGGACAGACGCCAAGCUGGAGCGGCAAGUAAGUGUGAGCGUCAUCCGUACUCGCCAUCGGGAUCAUACCCUGGAUGUGCUGGGUUCUACUGAUUCUACUCGCGAGCCCACCGAUGUAGUUCACACGGACAUGAACACUUGGCUCAGAGACCCAGAGACCCUACAAGACAAAAUAUUCAUGGUGGGAUGCUCUUUGCCCGCCAUGCCGAUCCGGACUACAUCGACACGGUGUGUGUUCAUCGACGGCCUGGUGGAUUUCCCGGUUCGUGGCCUGGUGCGAGAAUCCCUGCAGCUGUCGGCAGACUCCCACACAGGAUGCCGCCUUGGACCUGACCUGACCAGUUGGCUCCUCGGCCUGCGCAGAUCCUUCGACGAGUCACGUCUCCAAGAAGGUCUGCACUACAACCACAUUGGCCCGACGCCACUUUGGCGGAACGCCCGUUUUGUUGCUACUGCAGAAACUCGGGGGUGCCGUCGUCCAGCGCAUUCGCUUCACAGCUUAAGCCAUCUUGAUCGUCAUCUGGGUCCGCUCCGUGAGUGUUCCACCGUGCCGCUGGAUCCGGGGAGGCGGCUGGAUCGCAGCCGGCGGCAGAGUAGUGGACCUCAGCUCCGGAACCUCAGCCUCUACACUGACUGCGAUGGGCGGACCGAGGCCAAGUACCCACACCCUUGCCAGCGCGAGUACGCUGCCGUUGCUUGCAACAGGACUAUUGGGGAGGAUGAGACUGACUGCCUCCAGUUCCACCUCGGCAUGUUCAAUCGCAGAGCUCGAGUGAAUGCCGAAGAGGACGAGGCAAAGGCCUGGCGCGAGUGGAAGGUUGCUGCACAGGCGGUCAUCCUGGCUAUGGAACCCAAGGCCCAACAACGCGUUCUGCGUUAUGUGGCGCUGUGUGUACAGAGAAGAACAGCGCUUGACAACCGGGACGCGGGCGUCCCCGAUUGGGAGGAUGAAGAGAACUUGCAGCAGGACUUUCCAUCACUUGGUGAGGCACCGGUGCCAAACUCCGGAGCAGAAGUCAGCUCUCUGGCACGCCAUGCCCGAGGCUCUCAUCCGUCGCUUCGAUCAUUUUCCAGCAGCGCUCCCUGUUACGUAUGUGUAUGUGGCUCUGUUGCAGGUACAAUGUACCUAUACUAA